AUGUCGCCGCCUGAGCGACCGGCCAUCUCGCAACAGAUGGCAGUUGCGCACCCGCUGUUGGGCAACCUACGGUCGGCCACGCCGAAACCUUGGGAGCUCGAUGUCGCCUUCGCUCCCGAGGAACUGGGUGGUGUCGUGGGCGGCAAUGCCGCCGGGGCUUUCGACUCCGCGGUCGGAAGCGCCGCGGCUCCGGGCACCGUCGCCCCUCCGACCACACCGGUCGGAUCGGACGACGGGGCUCGGGGCGGCGACCGGGUCGCACCCCCUCGCGGCCCCGGUGAAUCCGCCGCCACCGCUGCUGCUGCUCCUGCCACGCGUGGUUCCCGGUUGCUCGGCCCAGCCACGUCGGCCGACUUCUACGGCCAGGCUUUCGUGGUUGGGCAUGGCCACCUGCAUUUCAAGACCUCGUCUCGGAUGGAGGAUUGGCGGAAGAGACUCCAGGCGCUGUCGCUCGAGCGCCAGGAGGAGGGGGACAGCGUCCUGGCUGCUGCCCAAGGCGGCCACGUUGGGGAUGAGGGCACCGCCCUCAGCGUCAACGAGAGUGCCCGGGUCGGCGACAAGCGCAGUGCUCCGACCGACGACGAUGACGAGGAAGAGGAGGCGGCCCGCAACCAGUCCGCUGCCAAGAGGAGCCGUCUGGGCGCUGUCUUCCAGCGCACCAUUUCCCGUGCCGCCCGCCACCGGGCCGACGGCACCACGACCACCAUGACCUCGGCCGCUGCUCCCCUUGCUCUUGCGCCCGGCCUUGCCGGCCCCACCGUCCCCCUCACGGCCAGCAACGUUGCGGCCAUCGACGUCGCCGCUCCCAAGCCUGGCCCGCGGCCCUUCAGUCCCGUCGGCUCCCCGCUUUCGCGCGUCUCAGGCACGGGCGCCUCUGCGGGUGCCGCUUCGUCGGUGGUUGCCUCGCGCACCAUCAAGAUAUGCCUGGUUGGUGAUGUCGCGGCCGGCAAGACGGCCUUCUUCAACCGUCUGGUUGACAACUCGUUUGUCUCGACCUCCCCUUCCCUCGCGCCGGACUACAAGGCCAUCACUGUCCGCGCCCACGACGACUCGGUCGUCAGCGUCGAGCUCUGGGACUUCCCGGGCAUCGUGGCUGGCGAGCGUCCCGGCCCGCUCCUCUCAACCUUCUUCCACGCCGCCAUCAUCUGCUUCAGCCUGGAGGACAAGGCCAACCUAUCCAACAUUGCCGAGGUGUGGAAGCCCAAGCUCGAUGCCUCCCUGCAUGACCAGCACAUCUUCGUGCUCGGUCUCAAGCGCGACCUCCGCCCGGCGCACCCGAUGCUGGGCCUCUCCUUCCUGCCGACCACCGAGCCUGUCAGCACCGAGAUGGGCCAGCAGGCAGCCCAGGCCAUCCACGCCGGCGGCUACGGCGAGUGCUCGGCCCUGACGCUCGAUAACGUGCAGGGGGCCGUUAUGGGCAUCGUCAACCACGUCGUCGCUACCCUCGAGGAGCACGAGCACACCAUUGGCCGCGGCCGGAGGCUGCAGCGUGCCCGCUCGGCCGUCAGCGGGUUCCUCAAUAGGAUGCGCUUGCGUCGUUUUGGCGAAGGCCGUAGAUAACCAAGGCCAUCGACCUUUACAUCUCUCUUUCGAGGACGACUUAUCUCCUUUCCUCCCCGCAAUGGACAACUUUCGACAUUUUUCUCCUUUUUUUUUCCAGACGAUGAUUUCAGAGUCGACUCACACAAGCACUAACCUGGCAUACGGGACAGAACGGCAUAUCGGACACGAAAAAGGGAGGAGAUACCCCAAAUGCCAUGGUACAUGGUCCUAGAGGCGUUGGAGGACGGUUGAAUCAGGGUUUGAUCCAAAUUUAUUGGAAGGGAUCAACAGCUUAUGUUAGUUACAUGGUUCACACCGCAAUGGCACAAGGCAUAAGGUACUUCUUCCGACAUACUAUAAGUUAAUCGAUGACGAUUCUGUACAC